CGUCACCGUCAUCUCCCCGCGCCGAGGGCCCUCGCGUGGCAGCACGUGCCUGUGGGGAGGAGAAGAGAGGGGACCGGCGCCCUUAUUCCCCUCCCGGUCUCGGGGCUUCUUCGGGGCGGGAGUGGCCAGGGAGCGGGGGGGGUGUCUUGCCGCCGCCCACCCGCCGGGAGCAGCAGGCUGCAGGAGGCGGCAUGGCGGCCCUGUGGAGAGGUUACCAGAGGCUGAUGGGCCGGCACCCGUGGAAGGUGCAGAUCCUCACAGCUGGGACCCUGGUGGGUGCUGGAGAUGUGAUCUCCCAGCAGGUGGUAGAGAGGAGAGGGCUGGCUGGGCACAGCGGCCAGCGGACCCUGAAGAUGAUGGCCAUCGGCUUUUGCUUUGUGGGCCCAGUCAUCGGAGGCUGGUACCAGGUGCUAGAUCGGCUGGUGCCAGGCAGGACUAGAGCAGCGGCCCUCCAGAAGAUGCUACUGGAUCAGGGCGGGUUUGCCCCCUGCUUCCUUGGCUGUUUCCUGGCCGUGGCCGGGGCGCUCAAUGGCUUGUCCUUGGAGGAGAACUGGAGCAAGAUGAAGCGGGACUACACCGACGCCUUGAUCACCAACUAUUACAUCUGGCCGGCUGUGCAAGUGGCCAACUUCCACUUCAUCCCCUUGAACCACAGGCUGGCUGUGGUCCAGUGUGUUGCCAUCGUCUGGAACUGUUACCUGUCCUGGAAGGCCAACCAGCUGUGACCUGGCCAUGAGGAGGGCCUUCCGCCACCCACCUGCCUGCACCCAGAUCUCCCAGAAGGCUGCCUCCACUUCUCACCCCCUGUGGACUGUCUAGUGUGCUGGGGCCUGUAUGCCUGCCCCAUCGAGGGCCAUGGGGCCAGGCUGCUACCCACACACACGCUCCUGGGCCUACAGAACCUGCGGCCCUAAGAUGCUGUUGGACUCCAACUCCCAGCAGGCAGCACAGCCAAGAGGCAGGGGUGAGGCAACUUGGGAUCCAGCCGCAGUUUAGCUGGAAUCACAGCCUUGGGCUAAUAGCUGUGCCUGUCGCCAGCUGUCUCUGGCAAGGUGGACUUCCACGGGUAGCAAGAACAUGCCAGCAACACAGGAAGGACAAGAACGCCAUUCCGUGUCAUGGGGAGGCCCCCAAAGAGUGCUGUGGCCCCCUAGAGCCUCCCCCCACUGGUGUGUUAGGGCAGCAGCUUCUUCCCACACAGCCUGUUUUAUCAGAAGAGGAAGCAAAUAGACUCAAGCCCAGCUACACACACACUGUCUCUCCAUCCCAGGCUCUUGUGGCAGAUGGAAGCCCUGUGGGAGCCCACCUUGUAUCUACUGGGCACAGUUUGCAAUGCCCUCAUAGAAUAGUAGCGUUGGAAGGGGCCUGUGAGACCAUUGGGUCUACCCCCUUGCUCAGUGCUGGAAUCCAAAUUAAAGCAUCCCUGAUAGUUGGGCUGUCCAGCUGCCUCUUGAAGGCCACCAGUGAUAGAGAGCCCACCACCUCCCUAGGUCAUUGGUUCCAUUGUCAUACCACUCUUAACAGUCAGGAAGUUCUUCUUGAUGUUCAAUCAAAAUCUGGCUCCCUGUAACUUGAGCCCAUUAUUCCAUGUCCUGCACUCUGGGACGGUUGAGAAAAGAUCCCGGCUCUCCUCUGUGUGGCAACCUCACAAGGACUUGAAGAGUGCUAUCAUGUCUCCCCUCAGUCUUCUCUUCUCCAGGCUAAACAUGCCCAGUGCUUUCAGUCUCUCCUCACAGGGCUUGGUUUCCAGUCCCCUGAUCAUCCUUGUUGCCCUCCUCUCAAUCUGCUCCGGUUUGUCUGCAUCCUCCUUAAAGUGCAGCAUCCAGAACUGGAUGCAGUACUCAAGCUGAGGCCCAACCACUGCCCAAUAGAGGCCCUUGCCACCUUCCAAAAAGUAUUUGGUAAAUGGAUGAAAGAGAUAGGUCUAUCCAUGAUCAUUAGGAUGGGUACAUGGAACCUCCAUGUUCAGUGACAGUUUACCUCAAUACCCAUUGCUGGGGGACAACAUCAAGAGAGAUCUUUCCCGUGGUAAACAGGUGGCUGGACUAAAUGGGCCCCCUUGGUUUGAUCCAGCAGCCAGGCUCUUACAUUCCCGCGAAGGUGGCUUUGGAGUGGAAUAAACCAGUUGUCCUAAUA